UCUUCUUACCCUCUCUCUACGUUCUUGAAGUAAAUUAUUUAGUCCUAAAAACUUCACACUUCUUAACUCAGUGUAGAGGAGAAAGAAAGACACAGAUCUUCACUUUAAACUCGAAGACUCAUCGGAGUCGAGAAAAAACGCGUUUUCCGACAAUGCGGUUGCGUUUUCCGACCAAACCCGCGGUUCCACCGCUCCUCGCCGUCUUUCUUAUGUUCCUCUCUCACUCCGCCGUCGGAAUACGGAACAUUCCGGUAAGAAUCACCUCCGUCGGCGUCGAGAGCGGAUUCGACGCCGCACAGUUCUCGGAAGCUCCGGAGUACCGAAACGGCAAGGAGUGCGCAUCCCAAUCAUCGAACAGAGAGAACUUCGUGUCGUCCUGCGACCCUUCCCUCGUCCACGUCGCGAUGACCCUCGACUCGGAGUACCUCCGUGGCUCGAUCGCCGCCGUCCACUCCGUCCUCCGCCACGCCUCCUGCCCGGAGAACGUCUUCCUCCACUUCGUCGCCGCGGAGUUCGACCCGGCGAGCCCUCGCGUCCUGAGCCAGCUCGUCCGCUCGACGUUCCCGUCGCUGAGCUUCAAGGUCUACGUCUUCCGGGAAGACGCCGUCAUCAACCUCAUCUCGUCGUCGAUCAGGCAGGCCCUCGAGAGCCCCUUGAACUACGCGCGGAGCUACCUCGGAGAUAUUCUUGACCCGUGCGUCGACCGGGUCAUCUACCUCGACUCCGACGUCGUCGUGGUCGACGACAUCACCAAGCUAUGGAGCACGAGGCUGACGGGUUCGAGAGCCAUCGGAGCUCCGGAGUAUUGCCACGCGAACUUCACGAAAUACUUCACGUCGGGUUUCUGGUCCGACCCGGGUUUGUCCGGGUCGUUCUCGGGUCGGAAGCCGUGCUAUUUCAACACGGGAGUGAUGGUGAUGGAUCUGGUGAGGUGGAGGGAAGGGAGCUACAGGGAGAAGAUCGAGACGUGGAUGCAGAUACAGAAGAAGCGGAGGAUCUACGAGUUGGGUUCGUUGCCUCCUUUCCUUUUGGUGUUUGCGGGGGACGUUGAAGCGAUUGAUCAUAGGUGGAACCAGCAUGGAUUGGGAGGAGACAACGUGCGAGGGAGCUGUAGGUCUUUGCAUAAAGGACCGGUGAGUUUGUUGCAUUGGAGUGGGAAAGGGAAGCCGUGGGUUAGGCUUGAUGAGAAGAGACCGUGUCCUUUGGAUCAUCUUUGGGAGCCGUAUGAUUUGUAUGAGCACAAGAUCGAUAGAGCUAAAGAUCAGGCUUUGCUUGGGUUCUCUUCUUUGUCCGAGUUAACAGAAGAUUCAAGCUUUUUGUAAGAGUAUGUGUGUGUAAGUCCAACAUUAUUUUACUUCGUUUUGUUAUCACAAUACUGUCUUGAUUGAGCAAUUGAUGUACAAACUUGAUUAGUGAGAGAUAGAGUCUGAGGAUUAGAUAAGUUUUGUAAACCUUUGCAUAAGAAAUCUCAGUUUCUCUGUUGAGUUA